AUGCUAAACCCAGGCUACAAGAUUCCCAACCGCCAUACCAUUUCCAAAACUCUUAUUCCAGCAGCGUAUGAAAAAUUUGUGAAUGAGGUUAAAUCAAUAAUAUUAAAUGAAUUAGACAUGGCUUGCUUAACAACUGAUUGCUGUACAUCUAGGGAUAACAAAAAUUACAUUGCCAUAACUAUUCAUUUCAUUAAUAACAAUUUUAAUUUGAAGUCUAUAUUAUUGAGUUGCCAUUCCUUUAAUGAGAACCACACAAGCGAUAAUCUUUCUGAGCAAAUUAAUAAAACUUUAAAUUCGUGGAACUUGAGAGAAAAAAUUUUAUUUGCUAUAUCUGAUAACGCCUACAACAUACAAAAUGCAUUAGGACAGUUAAAAUUUAAACAUUUUGGUUGUUUUGCUCACACCCUAAACCUUAUUGUUAAAUCUGCACUUAAAAAAGAAAAUGAUCUCAUUGAUAAAGUAAAAAACAUUUGUACUCAUUUUCGUAAGAGUACAAAUGCAAAUAAUAAAUUAAUUGCAUAUCAAAAAAGUAUGGUGGUCAAUGUUCCACUAAAAGUUUUACAAGAUGUAGCCACGAGGUGGAAUGCCGCAUUCUACAUGCUAGAGCGCUUUGUACAACUAGAGACUUCUAUACAGGGAACAAUGGGACUUUUAGAAAAUGCACCACCUUGUUUGAAUUCAGAUGAAUGGGUUGUUAUAAAAGAGUUUUGUAAUAUUUUACGACCUUUUGAAGAAGCUACUAGAGCUGUGAGUGGAGUUCAGUACAUAAAUGCUUCAUUAGUUAUAGUUAUUGCUCAAGGGUUGAAAAAUGUUUGUGAACACAUGAAAAAUGAAAAUUAUUCUUUCAGGGCUUUAGGGUUARUCAAUAAUAUAUUAAAUGAUAUGAGAAACCGUCAAAAUUGGGGAAAUAUAGAAAAUAGUAAGACCUUAAAAAGAUGUACAUUUCUUGACCCACGGUUUAAAAAUUUACCAUUCACUCACAACAAAAAUAUGCUUAACUCAUUAAAAAAUGAUAUAGUGGAACUAACAGCAAAGAUUAUUUCGACAUACAGAUCAGAAUCUACAUCGAUUGAAUAUGAACCACAGAUUUCUAACCAACCAUCCGAUACAUUGACGCCUGAAGUGAAGCAAUUUUUAAUUUGGGAGUCAAUUGAUAAGUGUGCUUCUCAAAUGCAGCCUUCGAUUGGAACAUCAACUUCACGGGCUAUAGUAGAGGUGCAACGUUAUAUAGAAGAACCGGUAUUAAAAAGAAACUGUAAUCCACUAGAAUGGUGGCAAGAUCACAAGUACAAUUACCCAUUUUUAGAUGUAUUAGCAAGGAGGAUGUUAUGUUGUCUAGGAUCAUCUGUUCCAUGCGAACGUGUAUUUUCUAAGUCAGGUCUUUUAAUAUCCGAUCGCCGUUGCUGCUUAAACACAAAAAAAGCAGAAAUGUUGUUGUUUUUAAAUCAAAAUGCAUAA